UAUAGCUGCUGGAGCUGCUCGGUUGGUCGCGCUCGCUGCCUCGGCUGCUCCUCGUCGCCCCCACUUCCGUAUUUUGGCAUAGUUCGUGGCUCAUUGGCUUCCGGUUUGGUGCCAAGGAAUAAGGUCCCUGUGCAACAGGUGUAUUCAACAAUUGGUCGAAAAAAAACUAGAAAAAAAUCAAAAAUCAUCAGUUCCGGUGAGCAACAUCAUGUGGCUAUGCACAAGAUGCACAACCGCAUCUGCAGCUAAUUAGAAGUGAGACUGCAGAAAUAACCAGGAUAUAUGCUAAGGAAAUGAGCCAACGAUUAUGUACUUAGGAUCGUUUGACGGAAACGACAAAGAGCCAUGGAAAAGCACACAAGCCAGUACCCAAAGGAGUCCCCUUGGCGACCGAAGCGGGGUCUGAAGUGUCUGACAUUCGAGUUCCAAUUCCGUCUGCUCCUCCAUCAUCUGUUGCUAUCAUCGCUGUGCAGGCCACAUUGCGUAUACGCCACGAGUGCCGUCGGCGAGGCGCUGAGCGCAAGCAACUGUCACGACAUCCACCACGGAUUCGAUGUCUACCCCGAUCCCAGCCCCAAUCCGACGGCUGUGACGCUGGGUCAAUCGACGGACACGCCCUCGGUGACCCUGACUUUGCCGCCCUCCGGCUGGAAGUGUUGCUGUUGGAAUGCAAGUAAUCAAGCGGAGGAGGUGGAAUGCCGUUGCGAGGGCGACGGACUUAACCGCGUACCGCAAACGCUGAAGCUGCCCAUCCAGCGACUAACUAUUGCGUCGGCGGGGCUGCCACGCCUACGCUACACCGGUCUGAAGGUCUACGGACCCACAUUGCUGGAUGUGGCCUUCACCGACUGCCUGCAACUGGAACUGAUACAGGAUGGGGCUUUCGCUAAUUUAACACUGUUGCGCACAAUCUACAUCACUAAUGCACCCAAGCUGACCUUUCUCUCAAAGGACGUAUUCUUUGGCAUUUCGGACACUGUGGAAAUUAUACGCAUCAUAAACAGCGGGCUUACCAGAGUUCCGGACCUGGGCCACCUUCCACCUCACAAUAUUUUGCAAAUGAUAGAUCUCGAUAAUAAUCAAAUUACUCGAAUAGAUACUAAAUCCAUAAAAGUAAAGACUGCCCAAUUAAUUUUGGCCAACAAUGACAUAAGCUAUGUCGAUGACUCCGCUUUCUUUGGCUCCAAGAUAGCCAAACUGUCGCUGAAUGACAACCUAAGGCUUGAACAUAUGCAUCCAAAUGCAUUCGAUGGAAUUAUAGAUAUAACUGAACUCGAUCUCUCCAGCACAUCGUUAGUGGCCAUGCCUUCAGUGGGACUUCAGAAUAUCGAAGCAUUGUACAUUCAGAAUACCCACACUCUGAAAACCAUUCCUUCAAUCUACAAUUUUCGGAAUCUACAGCGGGCCUACCUUACGCACUCCUUUCACUGCUGCGCCUUUCAGUUCCCAUCUCGUCACGAUCCCCAGCGACAUGCCCAGCGAAUGCUGGAGAUUGAAAAGUGGCGAAUGCAAUGCAAGAGUGAAUCGGUCUCCCGGAAGGAAAGAUCCACUUUGGAUAUUGCCUAUACCCUGCCAGAAGAUUUUGGUACUUUCGAGAGCACCGAUGAAUCAUCUACAGACUUAGUACCCAUCACAUUCGCAUCCUUCGAUUACAUGGCCGAUGAUACGCUGAACAAGGGCACAUUUCACGAGAAGAUUACCCUUAAUCCGGAGGAUGACAUGUCUGCCGAACUAUGCGGCAAUUUCACAUUCAGAAAGCCCAAUAUAGAGUGCUAUCCCAUGCCCAAUGAUCUUAACCCUUGUGAGGAUGUCAUGGGCUACCAAUGGCUUCGCAUUUCCGUUUGGAUUGUGGUUGCUCUGGCCGUGGUUGGCAAUGUGGCUGUGCUGACAGUAAUUCUAUCGAUUAGACCCGAAUCGACGCCAGUGCCACGAUUUCUCAUGUGCCAUCUCGCUUUCGCCGACCUGUGCUUGGGUGUCUAUCUGCUGUUGGUGGCCUCCAUCGAUGCCCAUUCCAUGGGGGAGUACUUUAACUACGCCUACGAUUGGCAGUACGGGCUCGGCUGUAAAGCAGCCGGCUUUCUCACCGUAUUUGCCAGCCAUUUGUCGGUAUUCACGCUGACCGUGAUUACCAUCGAGCGCUGGCUUGCCAUCACCCAGGCCAUGUACCUGAACCAUCGCAUCAAGUUGCGUCCUGCAGCGCUCAUCAUGCUGGGCGGCUGGAUUUACUCCAUGUUUAUGUCCUCGUUGCCCCUGUUUGGUAUUAGUAAUUACUCGUCGACGAGCAUCUGCCUUCCGAUGGAAAACCGCGAUAUAUACGACACCGUGUAUCUGAUUGCCAUCAUGGUCUGCAACGGCGUGGCCUUCUCCAUCAUUGCCGUGUGCUAUGCCCAGAUCUAUCUGUCCCUGGGUCGCGAGACGCGGCAGGCGCACCAUAAUAGUCCGGGGGAACUCAGCGUGGCCAAGAAGAUGGCCCUACUGGUCUUUACAAACUUUGCCUGCUGGUCUCCCAUUGCCUUUUUUGGACUCACGGCCCUGGCUGGUUAUCCACUGAUCAAUGUGACCAAGUCAAAAAUUUUGCUAGUAUUCUUCUAUCCAUUGAACUCCUGUGCGGAUCCCUACCUAUAUGCCAUAUUGACGUCUCAGUAUCGCCAGGAUCUGUUUACCUUGUUGUCAAAGCUCGGUCUGUGUCGGCAGAGCGCCUUAAAGUACAAGGACAGCCUCUCGGGACAUGCCACCACUAGAUUCACCAUCCACGGAUCUAUACAGAGGCACAGCUCCCUCACCUGCAAAAUGCAGACGGUAAUGGGCACAGAGACCCAGAAAAUGCUGAAGAAGAGCGAGGAUUAUGUUUGAAGCGAACCUUGGGUAUUGUGAAUACACACCUCUUCCCACCCCGUUGUGAUAUAUAUUAUACAUAUUUUGUUAUAAAACGCUCUCUCUUUGUUCCGCUAUCUGUUCCAGUAUUGUUAGCAUCCCAUGAUUAAUGAUAUUUUAAACGCAUAAGUUUGUUGUAUGUUUUCUUGUCUUACUUAAGUUCCUUAGUCUAUCCAUACAGUUGUACCUAAUGAUAAAAGUAUUGCUAAUAGGAAAGAGCUUAUCCCAGUCAAAGUAUAUAUAAAUGUGAAAUAAGUGUUUUUUUCUUGAUAUGAAUGUGUAUAGAAAUUAAGUUAUGAAUGUUUUAAUUGUAUAGAUAACACAAUUUUAAAUGUAUAAAAUGUAUUUUCCUGUUUUGUCUGAGCAGAGUAUACUACAAACAAAUUUUUGAAAUC